AUGUGUGUGAAAUGGUUUGAUACAGUAAUGUUUUACUAUGUUAUUUUAGUGUAUUUAGUGACUGUCACUUUUUGACAUUUUUAAAUUUCCCGCCAGUUCCGUCCCCGUACGUUCUGACGUCGCAGGGAACGGAACCCAGAAGACAGAUGCUGGCAUCGGCCAGAGGACAUUGCCAGAGACGCUGCAGGGGGGACAUCGCGGGAGCAAAGGACAAGGUAAGUGACGAAGUGAUCCCAGAGCAAUGCUGCAGGGUAUUCCUGAGUGUAGCUCAGGGUUACCGCUUGUGCUAAACUCGGGAAUACCGCCAGGGAGGUUA